UUACUACGAGUGAUAAGGUCACAGAGGUCACUAUCAUUUAUUCUUGUUUCAUGCCAAGUCAUUGAGUUUUAAGUUUAUCAUGGUUGACAGUCAAAAAUAAAUAGCAAAUAAUCAUGAUAACGUUUAAAAGCUUCGCGAUGCAUGUACCUAUUAUUAGGUUCUUAUAAAGAGCUGGCCCCACUUGGGCAGUCUCAGAUGUAAUUUGUGCUGCCGUAUUGCACCAUGGCUAAUGUCACUGGGAUUAUCAAUUUCAAUACAAAACAUUUAACGCGAGGUGACCCUCUACCGCCAUACAAUGGAAAGCUUCGAGUAUACAACAUGCGACUCUGUCCGUUUGCACAACGCACUAUCCUGGCUUUGAACGCAAAGAACAUUGAUUAUGAAGUGGUCAAUAUUAACUUGGCAGAUAAACCAGAAUGGUUGACUAACAAAAGUGUAUUCGAUAAAGUACCAUUAAUUGAAAUCAAAGAGGGCGUAUGUAUUUCUGAGAGUCUUACGAUUGUGGAGUAUAUAGAUGAGGCGUAUCCUGAAAAGCCAUUGCUACCAAAAGAUCCAGUUAGGAAAGCAUUGGAUAAAAUUAUCGUUGAAGCCACGGGACCAAUUGUAACUUUAGUUAUUAAAUCAGUGAAAGCGCCAGAAACUAUCACAGAGGAAAACAUAUCUUUGUUCUACAAAACGCUAGACUAUAUCCAAGAUAAACUCAAAGAACGCGGCACUCAGUACUUGGGUGGCGACGAGCCUGGCUUUGUCGACUACAUGAUUUGGCCUUGGUUCGAACGACUACUAGUGUUGAACAAAGACGAUGCUCGUGCAAGCAUCGAUCCUAAGAAGUUUGGGCUACUGAUGGCGUAUCUGGACAAAAUGAAAAAAGAUCCUGCCAUAGUCCCGUACUUGGUACCAGAUGAGAUCAUGAUAGCAUUUCACGAAGGUUUUAAAACUGGUCCUAACCCUAGCUACGAAGUUUUAGACUUAAUUUAAUUUUCCAAGAUACUUAAGCAAUAUUAUAUUUUUAAUAAAAAUAUUUUUAACAUAAAACUUAAAAUUUGAAAAUUGCCUGUAAAUUGAACUAAACGCAGUAAUCGACUUUCAGGUUUUAGUUACACGUUGACGCGAUCACAAUAGCAUUAACUGUGUAUUUUCAAUUAUCAUUAUUAUUUUAUAGACUUUUGUUUGUUAUUGUACCUGCGCAGGCAACUCAUUAGGGCUAUAACUUGCUUGCCGUGGUCUUUAAUCGUUGAUUUAAUAAAUGAAUUUUAUUUCAUACUUAUUUAUUUUGUUUUUCUGAACUACUAAUAAUAUCCAUAUGACUAAGUAUUUUACGCACGUAUUUCACUUACAGAAUUC